AAAGUGUUCUUGACGAAACAGGUUACAUUUUUACAGACCAUGGAAAAAUUAAAGUUUCUCAUAUUUUUGAUCAUAGUCAAAAUUGGUGGAAUUCAGUGUUUUAACGACAGCAAUAAUCAAAAACCUAAUGGACCACUGAUUUUAACGCUGUACAUUAAAAACCGUCAAAUUGAAUUGGGAAAGGAAUUAGCUGCUGUUAAACACCCCGAGCUGGUAGCAAAGGGAGUGAAGAGUUAUUCCGGUUUUUUUACUGUAAGCGAAGCGUGCAAUUCAAAUUUAUUCUUCUGGUUUUUCCCCGCCCAAGUGAAUUCAACCAUUUCACCGGUAGUGUUGUAUUUAAAUGGAGGACCUGGACAAUCAUCCCUGUAUGGCGCACUCAUGGAAAAUGGGCCGGUUUCCAUUAAUUCGAAUUAUAAACUUAAACUGAGAAAGCAUUCGUGGAAUGAAAAUCAUAAUGUUUUGUAUAUCGACAGUCCCGUUGGGACUGGUUUUAGUUUCACAAACGCAUUGGAUUGUUAUCUGACAAAUCAGGAGGAUAUCGGAAUUAGUUUGCAUGAAGCUAUUCUACAGUUUUUCCAGUUAUUCCCAGAGCUACGAAAAAAUUCAUUUUAUAUCACUGGAGAGUCGUACGCUGGCAAAUAUAUUCCUGCUCUAGGACAUCAAAUCAUAUCGAAGCAAAAUAUUUGCAAACCGAACAAUUGUAUAAAUCUGAAGGGUGUGGCUAUUUUUAAUGGAAUCAUCGAUCCCAAAAAUCAACUCGACUACGGAUCAUUAUUGCAUGCACUGAAUUUCAUCGACAGAAACAAUUUUAUCAAAUUUAAGAAGUACCAGAGCGAAGCAGCAAUUUUAAUUGCAAAAGGAGAAUAUUUAGAAGCCCUUAAUACUAUGGCUAAUAUAAUGAAUUGGCCAAAUUGUUUGUUCUUUAAUGUAAGUGGUUUCUCUUCACCCCAUAAUAUUUUAAGACCAGAUGGCUACAUUGACGAGAUUACCGUGACAACUGACUACAUACUAAAUUCAGAUCUGUCGAAAUAUCUGCAUGUCGGCAAUAUUAGAUUCGUGUCGAUGUUCGAUAGUUUUCCGGUGUUACAAAAAUUAAUGGGAGAUAUAACGCAAAGUGUUGCACAUUGGCUGGUCGAACUCCUAGAAAAUUGCAGCGAUGUGUACAUUUGCAGUGGAAUGCUUGAUAUACUUGCCGGUCCAGCGUUACAACGAAAUUUCCUAUCAAAAUUGCAGUUUAGUGGUGCCAGUGAUUAUGCUACCGCCGAGCAACAGAUUUGGAUCAAGGAUAAUAAAAUUGCUGGUUAUUUCAAACGUGCUGGAACCUUGAGGGAAAUUACUGUGUUAAACGCGGGACAUAUGGCUCAAAUUGAUCAGCCAAGUGAGUGUCAUGAUAUUGUGACGAGACUGGCACGUAAUGGAUUUUAAUUAAAAUUUUAGACU